AUGUCACUAUUUUUGGUCUUCUCCUCUUCUGAAUUUCUUUUUAUAGAAAUCAUAUUCAAAGAUGAAAUUCCACAUUGUCAAGAUUGUGAUGGAAUUGUUAAACCAGAUAUUGUCUUUUUUGGUGAAAGCCUUCCUAGUCGAUUUCAAGAAUGUGUACAGAGUGAUUUUCCAAAAGCUGAUUUUUUAAUCAUUAUUGGUACAUCAUUACAAGUUGCACCAUUUAAUCGCCUUGUAUCAUUUGUUGAUAAAGAUUGUCCUCGUCUUCUUAUUAAUAUGGAGCCAACUGGAAAAGAAACAUCUAUGUGGAGUUUUGGGUCUUCAUCAUUAUUAUAUGAUACAAAUAAGAAUCGUCGUGAUGCAUUUCAUAAAAGCGCAUGUGAUGCAGGUGUUACUGAACUUGUAAAAUUACUUGGUUGGGAGGAUGAUUUUAAUAAAUUACUCGAAUCUGAAGGAGUAUCAGUAAAAAAUAUUAAAAAAGAUUUAUCGACUAUUCCUAAUGAAACAGAAGAAAAUGCAAAUCGUUUAGCUGAACAAAUGGCUGCAGCAACAUUAAACGAUAAUGAGAAAAAGGAAUAA